AUGGAUGAUGUGAGCCGGAAAGCCAAUCCACCUAAAUUACCACAUCUGGAGCCGUGCCCUGAUGAUUGGCUGUACUACAAGAAGAAGUGUUACUAUCAGUCAGAAGCCAUGGCAGAUUGGAAUUCCAGCCAAGAGUCCUGCUCUAACUAUGGAGCUUCCCUUGCAGUGAUUGACAACCUUCAAGAGCUGAACUUUAUAAUGCAUCGAAUACGCAUAACAGACUUCUGGAUUGGGCUGCGCAGGAAAGGAAACAAGUUUUUCUGGGUGAAUGGAGAGCCAUUUGACGUGAACUUAUUUCAUGUCAAUAUAACAAAUGAUGGUGACUGUGUUCAUAUAGAUUCAGCCUUCAUCUCUACCAGAAGGUGCUCCUCACUCAAGAACUCGCUUUGCACCAUUG